GGUCACAUCAUCGUUAAGAUUCGGACACUUCAAUUUUUUUUUAUUUGUUACAAUUGUAAAUUGUUGCAAGUUACAUUAAAUAUAAAUUACAAAUAUUAGAAUUAGUGACAAUUUUGUGAACGUUUGUGGAGCAUAUAAAUUAACUGACGUGUGCAUAUGAUACGUUAUUAGAAGAGCACGCAUCCAAUCACAAUCCAGCCAAGCGGGAAUCAUUGUCCAAACACAUUUGAAGCAACGUGCAGCAUGGAUGGAGCAACAGCGACAGCGCCAGCUUCGGCACCAGAACUGCCCACCACAUCAUCGUCAGCGACAGCUUUGGGCGAUGUCAACAACAGCAACAGCAACAGUAACAGCAACAGCAACAACACCGUCGAUACCGACAAUAUUGGCUGGGCCAGGGAUAAAACUGAAAGCACAUCGGAACUGCGCCAACGUGCAACAUCGUAUUCCUUCACCGGCAGCGCAUUAGCAGCGCAUGAGACUGGCGGAUCUGGAGCGACACCCUCGUUGACAGCGACAUCCACGCCAACGACGACACCAACAACAGCGACAGCUACAGCAACAUCCACUGCAAGUGGAGCGAGCAAUGAGAACGAUAAAGACAAGGAGCAGGAUGAAUCUUUAUACGAGUGCAAUAUUUGCUUGGACACAGCCAAGGAUGCGGUGGUCAGCAUGUGUGGCCAUCUAUUCUGUUGGCCCUGUUUGCAUCAGUGGCUGUUAACGCGACCCAAUCGCAAACUCUGUCCCGUCUGCAAGGCAGCCGUCGACAAGGACAAAGUUAUACCGCUCUAUGGUCGCAAUAGCACCCGCCAGGAGGAUCCACGCAAUAAGGUGCCGCCACGUCCAGCCGGACAGCGAACAGAACCAGAGCCAGCACCAGGCUUCCGAGGAUUUGGCUUUGGCGAUGGCUUCCAGAUUUCAUUUGGCAUUGGCGCUUUUCCUUUCGGCUUCUUUACAUCAACGCUUAACUUGGGCGAACCACGUCCGGCACCUGCAAAUCGUGGCACCACACAAUACGAGGAUGAGCAGACACUGUCCAGACUAUUUCUAUAUCUCGCCUUUAUCUGCAUCUGUUGGCUGCUAUUUGCCUAGCAACCUGUUCCCAGCACAAUGGAUACAAUACCCCAAAAGACACGAGAAGGAUUCGAAGUAACAGUAACAACAACAACAACAACAACGGCAACAACAACAACUACUGCGAAUAUAGGAAAAAGAGCAGAGAUAAAUUGCAAUAAAGUCAAUCAGAAGUCAAUGCUAAAUAUGCAGAACAGAAGCAUGCUCGUCGUCCCUUAUCCUUACCCCACAAAAUUCCAGCAGUUUCACUCUCCUUGUGGUGAUUUCACGUUUUUGCUGUCUGUAAAUUUUAUUUCAUUUGUAUCUUUCGGAUAUUUUUAACAACAACAAAUUGUACAUUUUAAAUGUUUUUUGCGUGCUACACACAAUUGGCGGCAGCAACGGAGAAAGGAUUCGUGUUUUAAACACAACCAAGCAACAACCAAUUAUGAGAUCGUGAAUACAAUUACUGUCUAUAUAAUUCAUUAUUUACAUAUACACAAUCCUUUCGCCUUGUGCUUUGAUGAACGCAAAUCAAAUUUAACAUAUUAUCGAAAAACAUGUA